GCACAAAAUGGGCGGUGGGAGCCGGCAAUAACGAUGCACUGCCAUGCAGCCAGCCAUUGGAUUGUCUGGGUUCCCGAUCCCCACUUCCCGACUGCAAGGUACCGACGGAUAGCCUCGGCAUUCCCGUCGUCGUCUUAUCUACUCUCUUCAGACCUGCCUCGCUCCAUCCGUCUGUACGAGACAGGGCACUUCCAUCACAUCUCCUAUCUGUUUGCCUUGUUGUCUGUAGCUCAGCGAGUGUGUUACAAAACGACUCCGUUCUUAUACCUCCCAGAUGACGGGCAUUAACCGGCUAAAGAGCCGGACCAGGGCCGAUUAUCGCUAUAUUCUGGAGUACAGAACCAGAUGGAGCGACAAUGACAUGUAUGAUCACAUGAACAACUCUAUUUACAACUUUCUCUACGACUCCAUCAUCAACACAUACUUGAUUGAGCACUGCGGACUCAAUCCUCCAGCAUCGCCACAAUAUGGCAUGGUAGUUCACUCCCACAACGACUACUUUGCGUCCAUCUCGUUUCCUGCUUGCGCUGAAUUGGCCCUGCGUGUCAACAAGAUUGGCAAUUCUAGCGUCACUUACGAGAUAGCCCUUUUUGAGAAGGGUCAGGAGGCUGCCAAGUCUGUGGGCGAGUUCGUCCAGGUCUUUGUCGAUCGAGCCACAGGGAGACCGAAUGCCAAUGGCAUGAGUCCUACCUUGCGACGAGGGUUGGAAAAGAUCUUGGUUGAGAACCAUACAAGCAAGCUAUAGCACAACUGAAGCACCUGCACAGAUACCUUGUCCAGAGAGGUCAUUUCCCAUUUCAUCCCUUUCACACAGAAGUAGUAUGCGUGGCAAACUUGGCCCAAAGGCUAAUGCUAUAUAACCUUAAACUUUGGGGAGAUCGAAGGGAAUUGAACUGGGGGCCUUUCUUGCCUAAAGCGGUCGUCCCCUCCUACAACCCGGCUACACUGCCCAUCGGGGGUGAAAGUAGGGGGAGGGGGAUUUGUUUACUUGUAAUCCCUGUUUCUGACCAUCUCAACUCCCAUCUCCUUCACAUGCCGCUUCUGACCCACCAUUCUUGUGGCCAGUUACACCGUUACUGCGGCGCACCUGCAGAUGGUGUUGACAGGAAGCUCCGCGGACUGCCUCCUUCGAAGGAUGCAGUGUCCGCACACGACAAGUUGAAAGACGACUAGCCAAUGAGCUACUACGCU